UACACGCAUUUCCCGUGUACCUCUUUUACAUGACCGUCGGAUCGAAGAGGCCACGUAUUGUUGAUGCAUCUCAAUGUUUGAACCGGGGGAAGAGAGGCACGUCCCAAGUGUCAAAUAAGAUACAACCUGUCCUGCGGAUGCGCCGUCACUGUUUUGCCUCCAGUGGCCCCCCAAGUGUAUGAGAUUCAUGAUUCAUCCCUCUGUUUUCACGGGCUAUCCUUAGAGCGCAUCUCUUCUGCUUCUUCAAAAUGGAAAGAUUUCAGUCUUCCAUGCGCAAACGGCUCUACAGCUUGCCGCAAAACAUUGGGCAAAAACCCUUCGUGAUUGACGAGGGAGACAACGGCGACAAGGACACAAAGAGGAAAAGUAUUCGGCUAAAACAUUUGUCCUCUCCGUCUCCUGCAAGCAGUUGCAGGAGCAUUGAGGAGGCCAGGAGUGAAGACUUGGACAGGGACGUCACUGUGAAGACCAACUUGAACGGGGACUGUCGCUUAUUUAGGGGUAGCAUCUCUUCCAUCACCGGGCGGCAUCCUCCCGGGUCAGACCCAGCGGAGCAGCGGCGCCUCAUCCCCGAGGCUGGUGUCAGCGAGAGUUACCCCGGUGAGCACGGCCCCGGGGCCCAGCAGCGGGCAACGGGUGGUGUGAGUGGCGCAGCCGGGCAGGCGACAAUGUUUGACCAGUCAAGUUUUAUCAAGUUGGAGGGCACCGAGCAGAUCAUACCUGAGGACGACCGGCUGUACCAAGCCGGCUUCAUGCACCGGCAGUUUGGGGCGAUGCUCCAGCCGGGAGUCAACAAGUUCUCCCUGCGGAUGUUGGGGAGUGAGAGGGCCGUGGAGCAUGAGAGGGAGCGAGUGAAGUCUGCUGGCUUCUGGAUAAUCCACCCGUACAGUGAUUUUAGGUUCUACUGGGAUCUGACCAUGCUGCUGCUGAUGGUGGGAAACCUCAUCAUCAUCCCCGUCGGCAUCACCUUCUUCAAGGACGAGAACACGCCUCCCUGGAUCGUCUUCAAUGUGGUCUCAGACACCUUCUUCCUCAUGGACCUGGUUCUCAAUUUCCGCACGGGCAUCGUCAAGGAGGACAACACGGAGAUCAUCUUGGACCCGCAGCAGAUCAAGAUCAAGUACCUGAAGACCUGGUUCGUGGUGGAUUUCAUCUCCUCCAUACCUGUGGACUACAUUUUUCUCAUCGUCGAGACACGCAUCAACUCGGACUUUUACAAGACGGCACGAGCCCUGAGGAUCGUCCGGUUCACCAAGAUCCUCAGUCUGCUGCGGCUGCUGCGGCUCUCCAGACUCAUUCGCUACAUCCACCAGUGGGAAGAGGUUUUCCAUAUGACCUACGACUUGGCCAGCGCCAUGGUGCGCAUCAUGAACCUGAUCGGGAUGAUGCUGCUGCUGUGUCACUGGGAUGGCUGUCUGCAGUUCCUGGUUCCCAUGCUGCAGGACUUCCCUCCUGACUGCUGGGUCACGAGAAACAAGAUGGUGAACGACACAUGGGGUCAGCAGUACUCCUACGCCCUGUUCAAGGCCAUGAGUCACAUGCUGUGCAUCGGGUACGGCCUAUACCCCCCCAUCGGCAUGGCUGACGUGUGGCUCACCAUCCUCAGCAUGAUUGUGGGCGCUACCUGCUUUGCUAUGUUUGUGGGGCAUGCGACUGCACUCAUUCAGUCUCUGGACUCCUCCAGGAGGCAGUACCAAGAAAAGUAUAAGCAGGUGGAGCAGUACAUGUCCUUCCACAAGCUCCCCGCCGACAUGCGCCAGAGGAUCCACGACUACUAUGAACACCGUUACCAGGGCAAGAUGUUUGAUGAGGAGAGCAUCUUGGAGGAGCUGAAUGAGCCACUGCGAGAGGAGAUCAUCAACUUUAACUGUCGCAAACUGGUGGCCUCCAUGCCGCUCUUCGCCAACGCUGAUCCCAACUUUGUCACCUCCAUGCUGACCAAGCUGCGCUUCGAGGUCUUCCAGCCGGGCGACUACAUCAUCAGAGAGGGAACCAUCGGCAAGAAGAUGUACUUCAUCCAGCACGGCGUCGUCAGUGUCAUCACCAAGAACAGCAAUGACACCAAGCUGUCUGACGGCUCUUAUUUUGGAGAGAUCUGCCUGCUGACCCGAGGCAGGAGGACAGCGAGUGUGCGAGCAGAUAACUACUGUCGGCUGUACUCUCUGUCGGUGGACAACUUCAAUGAGGUGCUGGAGGAGUAUCCCAUGAUGAGGAGGGCCUUUGAGACUGUGGCUCUCGACCGCCUGGACCGCAUCGGUAAGAGGAACUCUGUUCUUCAGAAUAAAGUCCAGCAUCACCAAAGUUCUGGCACAUUAAACUUCCAAGAGACCGAGAUCAUCCAAAGAAUAGUUCAGCAUGAUCGGGACAUGGCCCAGUGUACGCAGCUGAUCCAGACCAGCCCGCAGCCUCCCCCCGCGCCCCCAUCACCCACCCCAGUCAUCUGGGCCCCGCUGGUUCAGGCUCCUCUCCAGGCAGCUGCUGCCACCACCCCUCUGGCUCUGGCCUUAGCCCACCACUCCCAGCUGCCUCCCAUCCUCUUCCACCAUCCUCUGACAUCUGGCCUCCUGAAGGAUCCAAUCAGCCAUCCAAAGAAAGUCCAUGUGGGAGCGAACACAUCCAGCAGCUGUGGCUCAGGACCCGCUUCUCCUACCAGCUCCAUUAGAGUCAGAUCUGGGAUUGAGACCUCCACACCGGCGUCCCUUAGGGCACAGCAUUUCGCCGGUGGAUCUGUGUCGCCCACCCUGACGACCCAGCCCGUCUUCACCAGCAGCCUGCAGCCUCUGACCCCUUUGCCCUCACACCAGCUCCCGCACCACCCUCCACACUCCGCCAUGGCCUCAGUCUUCCCCAUCAGCCAGGCUACAGUCUCCUACACCUGCUCUGCUCAGCUCCACCCUCAGCCCUUCCAUGGUGCUAUGACUACCCCGCCACACCCAAUAGGUUUACUCCAGCAGGGGGUGCCAGGGAGGCUAGCCGGGAGAUUCCCAGCCCCCUCUGCCUCCGCCAUAAGCCCUCUGAUCUCCAGCUCAGUCGGCCCCAUACUAAGCCAGCUGCAGCAGUCCUCUCACGCCACUACGCAGCAGAUGGGGUUCGGUCAUGACAGAGCAGGCAGGACAUCCAGUGGUCUGAACCUCCCACAUUUUCCCUUCCUCACCAGCACUCAGUCCUCCAGUGGAUUUAUUCAGCCAGGGUCUGCAGUCGGAGGCCUCGGCGGGGCCACAGCCUCUCUGGCGCAGCAAAGCCUCGCAGGUCUCCAGUCUGUUUUCCUCCCACAGGUUCUCCCCGAGCACUCGGCCCUCGCCUCCCUGGCUCAGUAUGGCUCCGCCGAGGCCUCGCCCUGCUACACGCCUCCAGUCCACAGUCCCAGCAUACAGAGCCCUGUGAGGGGAAGGACAGUUUGCCACAGUGAGCUCCCCAGCACCCUUGGCUCUCGCAGCCCUCUAACCCCUCAGACCUCAUGCCCUGCCAGGGUGGCCUGUACCCUCAAAGAGAGGGCCGAGUCUUCGGUGGAUCUCUUUACCCAGGAAAUAAAGACUAUCUCAGGCUCUCACAGCUCUAUACACCAGGAAAGGCCUUUGGCCAUGAGCGGCCCCUCAGAGGGGGCAGCGGGGGUAUCCAGCCCCUUCUCCUCCCCCAUGGCUGUCAGUAAACCCUACAGCCCAAUCCCGGGUCAAGUUGCUCCCGUCAGUCGGACGCAUUCAGGUCCCGAACCUCAGAACCAGUCUGUUGGCGUUCAAUCUCCCCUCGUUAGAUCCCCCGCUAAGAUGAUAGAGACCGAACACAAACAGUCCAAACUUCCAUCCAACUUGUGAGGUUCAGACACACCCUCCUUUAAUGCCUGAACAAACAGGAGGUCGCCUCCUUCUUUGGCAUUGUUUUAACCACUACUUUGUCAGAUUUUACAGCAGGAGGGUGUGUUACUCUAAUCAGAUUGGUGGUUUCACUUUUUAAUCAGAUUGAAUGGAUAGGGGAUAAUAAUGGACAAUGAUGGAUACUUUUUUCUACAGGAUAUUGCAUCUUUGAAUAUAGUAAUAAAAUCCAAAACCUACUGAUGGGUAUAUAUAGCACCUCAUGAAAAUAUGAAUUGUUCUAUGUAUUGUAUUAUAACCACACUCUGUGAUUUGUUAUAAGUAUUUUGUUUUGUCCAGGCAAUUUUGUGUAAACUUUUAGCUGCAUCCGUUUAGUUGGAAAUUUGUCCACAACUGUAUCCAGUUAUGAUUGAAACCAAAAAUUAUUGUCCUUUUUUAUGUCCUUUCCCAUCACCGAGUGUGUCGUGUGAAUGCAAGGUUUACCCCCUUAAGAGAUUCGAGGAGAGACAGACUGUGCACUUUGCUCGUUUCAGAGAUCACCUAAUGGUUUGAUGACGGCAUGUCUUCCAAGAUAGCGUUUCAGCAAUAUUGCACACCCAAAUGGGUCACACAAAUCAGAUCACGCUCAAGAAAAAAAACCUGAAGUAAUGAAUGUAAUGUGAUGUUUGUCUGUCUGAGUGGGAUUAAUUUCUGAAUGUGUUGAACUCGAGGGCGAUGAUGGUUUUCUGUAGAGUACUGGAGAGUGGAACCAGUUUCAGAGACACAUUUUCACAACUGCUGCGGCGCGUGGCGAGGCGCGCCACUGAUGCCAACUCGUUUGACAAUAACUACGGUGCAGAACAUUUGUUUGUGUGCCAUCAGCACAGUAUGCAAUAAUCUGUGUUUUUUUAUGGGUAUACAAAGGUACUGUGAAUCGAAGCACUCGAGUGAGUGAGUGAGAUUCUGUUUUUAGUUAGAACAGAUUAAAGGUCCAGUGUGUGGGAUUUAGGGGGAUAU